GGAAGCGACACGGCAGCGGAUGUAGCAGAAGCAGCAGGCUACGGUACAUCGGCAACUAUGUAGCUCUGCGAGCAAAAAUAUUAUACACCCGACUAGCUGAAGUAUCAUGCCCUCCUACGUAUUUAUGUCGCUGUAAAGUAGCAGAGUGCUAAAAUGUGUAUGUGAAGAUAACUGGACAGAAAUUUCAAGGCGAGGAGUCGAGUGUGAAACCGAAGCCUGUAGCGUAGAGGCAUUAUCUGCCCUCUCCUGGACGCUUUGAAAGGUGACGUUGGGUUACUCGUCUUCCUUAUUACCCUACCUUGGCGUUUUAACAGCCUUUUAAAUGACUACACUUGUCCGGCUACGUUUAUUUUAGACUCGGGGGAAGGGUGUGUAACGCCAAGGGACAGUGGGGUUUGUAGUUUGCACCAGGUCUGACUAUCCGCGUUACCGCCCCGUUUUCUCGCAGCGUUUUACUUUUCUCCCAUGUAGUAACGCGAACUGCGCGACCAGGAGACUGAAGAUACAGCGUUUUGGACUAUAAGCAAAACCUGCUUACACCAUGGGGAAUACAACCUCCUGCUGCGUGUCCGCGAGCCCUAAACACCGAAGGAGCAACCACUCCAGGCUCGAGCCCUACCGGCCCGAGCCGGAGCUGAGCCGGGAGGACACGGGCUGCAACCUCCAGCACAUCAGCGACAGAGAAAAUUUAGACGACCUGCCCAUGGAGUACAAUCCCUCAGAUCAUCCCCGAGCCAGCACCAUCUUCCUCAGCAAGUCACAGACUGACGUUGCUGUGCCCAACAAGAGAGUUCGAGAAAAACGGAAGAGCCUUUACAUCAACCACUUCACACACAUUUCGGAGAACAAGCAUCAUCCAGGCCCAGUGAGAAGGAAGUACAGCUCAUGUUCCACCAUAUUCCUCGAUGACAGCACUGUCAGUCAGCCCAACCUAAAAUACACCAUCAAGUGUGUAUCUCUCGCAAUAUACUACCACAUAAAGAACAGAGAUGUCGACGGAAGAAUGUUGUUAGACAUUUUCGAUGAGAAGCUUCAUCCGCUCUCGAAGUCAGAGCUUCCUCCUGAUUACGACAAACACGACCCUGAGCAGAAACAGAUCUACCGCUUUGUCAGGACGCUGUUCAGUGCCGCACAGCUCACCGCUGAGUGUGCUGUUGUCACAUUGGUGUAUUUGGAGAGGCUCCUGACCUACGCCGAAAUCGACAUUUGCCCUGCCAACUGGAAACGCAUUGUGUUAGGCGCCAUCCUCCUGGCAUCUAAGGUCUGGGAUGACCAGGCGGUCUGGAACGUCGACUACUGCCAAAUUCUCAAGGAUAUCACUGUAGAGGACAUGAAUGAGCUUGAGCGUCAGUUUCUGGAACUGCUGCAGUUCAACAUCAACGUGCCGUCCAGCGUCUACGCCAAGUAUUACUUUGACCUGCGCUCCCUAGCUGAGGCCAACAAUCUCAGCUUCCCCCUUGAACCCCUCAGCAGGGACAAGGCCCAGAAACUAGAGGCCAUCUCACGGUUGUGUGAUGACAAAUACAAGGACUUGAGGAAACAAGCCAAGAAGCGGUCAGUGAGUGCAGACAACCUGACGGUGGUGCGGUGGUGUCCAGCCAUCAUUUCCUAACACUGGCCGUCUACAGCACCAAGAUAGACCUGUCAGACAAUCUGUACUGUAUUACUGCCUGUUAAGCAGGCAAACCAGGUGGGCAGCAGUCCUGUGGAACACUGGGUCUGUCUGGAAUACACACACACACACACACACACACACACACACACACACACGAUCUGGCACUUUUUGCAAGUGUGAUUGCACCCUCUGGUUGUUGUACAUAAAAGAAGUCGCACUGGCUGCUUGCACUGAACCAAACAGAGAUGAGCUGAACCAAACUGAAGUGUGUGAGUGAAAGUUGUUAGAAUAAAGACCUUGACUGCAGAAGAAAAGAAGAGGCCAAACUGAAAUACAGCUGGCAAAUAUGAGAAACUGUAUGAAGUUGGGAAAAGAAAAUAGGAACAAGGUUAAUGCGAAACAUAACAGAUGACAGCGGCAGCAGCGUUCCAUAAUUCCCUCUGAGACUCGACUGGCUUGUACGGUUGACUGAGGGAGGCCGUGCACAUUCCUUUAAUAUUAAUCUUUUGGUUCAGUCACUUUCUUAGCUGAAGCUUGAGAUGUUUUUUGUUUGACAGCUUACAGGCACAUUUAACAUUUUUAAAUGCUCAAUUCCUCAAUUUGUUUCAGUGUUUUGUUGUUUAUGUGUUCUUUUGCAUUCCCAUCCAGCAGAAACCUCUGCCUGCAGAUAUCAGCCCACACAAAGGAAAGACAUGUACAUUCCACUGUUAACUUGAGUGUACAGUUGAUUCAUUUGACUGGACUUCAUAUCAUUCGCCCUCCUUGACAAAAUAGUCCACCGUGUAGUCAUUUGCGUUGUAGCCGUUUUACUGAAGAGCUAACCUUAAAAAAGCAAGUCAGCGUUUGGCUCAAGGGCGCCUGGGAAUUCAACUUGUACUAUUCCAGUUACAGAACAGUUUCUCUUACAGCAAGACCAUCCAGCCACCAUUCAAAUAAAGCUAUUCACUUAAAGCAAUAUUCAUGCAUUGCUUUGUUGUUGUGAUUAAAUACGAUGAAGCAUGCAUUCUUGGGAGAAUACUGACUUGAAGACAGUAGACUACUACUCCCAGUCAGAUGUGAGAUAUACUGUAGAGCUUAUGUUGUACUUAAUUCACUGCCGUUGUCCUGACCUGUGGUGCCUGUGAUAAGCUAGUUUUAACACUUCUCCCCUUUCUACUGGAGGAAUAGAACAAAUAAUUCUGAAGUUUUGUUUUUUUUUUGGUUAACAUUUUGUAUGGUUCUUCCAGCUUACAAAGAAACACGAGCACAAAUGGGAUAUUGACAUUACUGGAGAGGACCAAAAUGAAUGAAGAAGCAUUAAGCGGCAAUUCAAACACUGCUUACAAAAAGAUAGAUUGUAUACAUUUUUCCAAAUUGUCUCUGUACAGUGUAAAUACUACGCCAGUGUGCAAAAUCUGUAGACUGAGGUCAUUCUGUAAAAAAUCAGAAUGAUGUUCAAAUAUUUAUAUCGGAUCAGUUUUUACUGUACAUGAGAAGGAUGGUAAAUAUGUUUGAUUCCUUGUUCAAAUGACAAAUCAAGUAAAGACAAAGGUGAAGUAUUAAGAUUUAAAAUGGGAGACACCACUUGAGAUUUUUUGUCUGUUUUCUUGUUAUGAUGUUUUCACACUGAAAAAAUGCCAAGUUUUUAUAUGUUACAUACUUUGUAAUAUUUAGAUAACACAAGACUAUUCAGGCUUAUUUUAUGAUUUGUUAUUUUUUGAUAGAUUGUUUUUUUUUCUCUGUGGAAGCAUUGCCAGAUUCAGAUGUUGUUAAGUAAUGUUUGUUUCUUAGGGAGCCCCAUAACUGACAAAAUGUAGUAAAAGGUUAUCCAGCAAGUCAAAAAUACAGUAGAUAAAUAGUACUGUAAAGUAGAUCAUUAAGAGAAUGUAAAGAACUAUAAAGCUUUAUAGAUUUCCUUCAACCUCCAAUGAGUUGGAGAAAAAAGUAAUUUGUUUGCAGUUUGCAGUGAUUCUACAGCAGUAGCCUAUGCAGUAAUGUAUAUGGAUUACAUAACAUUAUGUGCACUGUCAUAGGAACUGGAUACUCAAAGAUGGCACCCUCUCACUUAAAUGAAAAUUGUUCGCCUGGCACAUAAGCCAAUAUGUCUGUAGUCCACUGCACAUGCGCACUAGAGUUUCCCCUGCUCGCCCCAUAGACUUGACAUUGGUAUGACGUCACGCAAAUAGAGUGCGAAACCACUUAUAUUGAUCAACAAGAUUGGGACAGAAUCAUUACUAUACAAAUACUGUUUUAACAGUUUGCUUAUAGGAAUCAGGUAGUCUGCUUACAGUGUUCAUUUUGGGUCUUCAAACUCUGCUACCAGUGCAAUGUUUAUAGCCUGCAGUUUAUUUUAAGGACUGUUCAGAAUUUAGAAAUGCACCGAGACCACCGUUGAGGCUUAGUAGCCUAUUUGCACAUGUUACUUUAUUUGUAAACAGCACAAUACUGUCUUAGGCUUUAGUCUAAUUGUAAUUGAACUACUUAACUGUGUUGCUGUAUAGUAUGUUUGUGAGUUAUGCACAAUAAUUUAAUUUGUACAGCGCUUGCAACAUCUGUUCUCUACAGUUAUUUUGAAAUGGUCAACAAAAUUUUAAAUAUAAAAUAAUGAAACUUUUUUCAUUAUCUUAUGUUUAUGUAAUAAUACACAAUUGUCAAUUAGAUGGUUAUCUGCAAAAAAAUCCUUUAUAAUCAUUUGCUGAUAGUGAUCAGUUUGAACCUGACAGACGUGAUCUCUAUAAAUCUUAUAGUGGAAAGCUCUUCCACGUUUUUGUAUAAUAUAAAAUCUCAAGAGAUUUAAAAUCUGUAAUACAAAGAGUAAUAAUUAACCUUGUUUGCAGUUUGACAUUCUUGUCCACAGCUUUACAAAUGUCUCUUUUUUUUAAUGGUGGUCUAUAGGGAAAAUACUUUUUGGACUUCGGGGAAGUUUUUCAUUGCAGUACCUCAAGUGGCCACUGGGACAAAUAGGCAGCAAGACAGAGAGUUAUAUCAGCUCUAUAAUAUCCAUAUAAUCCAUGAUUCUGGCACUAGUGUUUUCAGUUAGGCUAGCUAGCCACGCAGUUAUCUUGAUUGUUCACUGAUGUUACACAAACCCUUAACUAAAAGGGAAAUGUUCUGUGGGGGAAAAGUAGGUUAGAAAUCAAAUGAUUGUGUCCCAAGGACGAAGGAGUUAAAAAAUAAAAUGAGUUGCUGAAAGAUGAAUAGACAAGUAAAAUUAAUAAAGUUGUGAUUCAUUUUGUCAACUGAUUGGAGGUUAGAGGAAAAGUCACAAGCUCUGUUUGUUUUUUUAUUAAUACUAUUUAAUGACAUUUUAACUUAUAUCUUUGACUUUUCUGAAAAUCCUUCACAGCAUUUUUUCACUUUUGGGGCUCUGCAGUUUCUUGUAUUUACUGGAUAUAAGUGAAACUGUUUUGUUGUUUUUUUAACCAAGAACAAAUCACUUCCUGAUUUGCUUUUCUUAACAUUUCAUGGCUCAGAAUUAGGAAAAUGUUCAGGGAUGAAAUAGAGGGUAUACCUAUAAAAUCACUGCAGUUUAAUUGGUGUAAUUCAUUCUAGUUUUCACACUUGAAUGUUAAUAAAAGUGUUAAGUAAUGCUUCAGUUGUACUACUAUUAUAAACGUUAUAAUAGUGGUUGUUUGCCUUAUGAUCAACUGGACUCACAUUUUCCUUCACUACACCAUUAAAUAGACGGUAAAUUAGGUUUAAAAAUAGGACAAAACCUGGAAGUGAUUGAAAAACACACAGAAAUUGCUUUUUUAAAAUAAUUCUUCUUCAUAACACGAAAGGUCAGAAAAAGGUCCAAAUUCAAAUGUCAACGUACCCUCCUCCAAGCUUCUGUUGUUUGUCAAACUACCAGAGAGUCAGUCAGUGAGAUUUCCAUCCCUGAGCAGCAGGGGUGAGAAGGGACAGAACUACCAAAGUCAUGGAGAAAUGAAGGACGACCCUGUUGGAACAUGUUGCUCUGAUCCACCCCACUUGCACAUGAAGUGUAUGACAAGGUAUUAGGACUUGAAUCGAGAACUGUUUGUUUUGCAUGGUGCUUCAAGUGAGUGAAAAAUAAAGUGCAAAAUGUGUCUUUAGGAAAGUAACGUUACUGAAGUUGCUGUUGUGAGUUCAGACUCUUAGAGGUAUUCAAAGAUUGUAUAUCCUAUUUAUUGUAUACAGCCCAGGCUGGCGUUUUCUAGACCCAGAAGUAAGCUUUGAUGCCAUGUGGUCAACUAAGGUGAGUCCUGAGGUGGGAAAUUGACUCCGACAGCAACGACCUUGAGCCUGUGGCGUCCUGUCAGCUGGUUAGGUGUGUGUCAUAGCCUUGUGCACUGAACUCUACCUCUGCAUAGAGUUUUUUUGAAUUUCACAAAUUUAACUUUGAUCAUGGCGAUUUUCCCUUGCUCAAACAUCAGUCAACUGCUGUAGCUGUGACCUUUUUUGUUUUAUCAUUGAGUGAUAUUUUCAACAAGUUGUAGACUACUGUAUUCUGUUGUUGUUGUUAUUGUAAGUGUAUUAUUUACUUUUCAGUUGAGUCAGUUAUUCUGUUUCUCAGUUUGCCAAAAUCUCUAUCUCUGUUCUUUUUCUCUGUAUGUUUUCAUUAUGAUUUUAGAGAACUGCUCCCAAUUCUUCUCUUCUGAAGCAAUGUUUAGAAAAACCUGUGCAAGAAUUAAACUUUAAAUCCUUGCAAUAAA